GCUGCCAGCCAUAUCGACUCAUGGCUUCACUCAUCACCGCUGUUCGCUCAAAAUUACUUCAGGCAAUUAGAUCUGUGAAUCCCCCUGGACGAUGGAAGAUUCUUGUGGUGGACGAACACUCACAAAAGCUGCUAGGUUCAGUUCUUAAGCAGUUCGAUAUCCUCGAGGAGAAUGUCACUCUGAUCGAGUCAAUAUCCAGUCACCGGGAACCGCAGCAGUUUGAGGCAGUCUAUCUACUCAUGCCGACUACGCAGAAUGUCAAUCGCAUCAUCAAAGACUUCAGUGACGGCCGCCAGCAGUAUCUUGGGGCUCACUUAUUCUUCGUCGAUGGAUUGUCGGAAACCUUAUUUGAGCACUUGACGACAUCCCCUGCUGAACCGCACCUCAAAGGACUGCAGGAUCUGUUUGUCAACUUCCGGGGGUGCCUCCGUAUGCAGCGACCGAGGCGCAAACUUUCUCUCUUCAGUCACCAGGACUGUUCUUUAACACUUUUAGCCCACCACGAAAUGAAGCUGCAGUUCAAGUCAGCGCGAUUGAAGCUUGAGGAGGAGUUGCGGUUUGUUAGCAAAACUAUAGCAAAUGUCUGCAUCACACUCAACGAGUUCCCGUACGUUCGGUACUACAUGCCAACUCACCACACUCCCCUCGGUCCCCUCAAACCCAAUGACCAAACGCGCGCUCCUCCGCCUCCUGAAGGCAGUGGUCGAUGGCGAACCAAUCUGGCUCGCGGAGACGCUGCACGUGCCUACGAGGUUGCUGACACGGACUUCGUUACGAAGUUGCUUGCAUUUAUGAUCCAGCAGAACCUGGAUGAGUACAGGCGAGUCAAUCCGGAGUUCCCUAAAGCUUCUGAUCCUCCCCGACCCCGCGGUACGCUUAUAAUCACGGACCGAUCUAUGGAUACUGUCGCACCUUUCAUUCACGAGUUCACAUAUCAGGCCAUGUGUAAUGAUCUGCUGCAGAUAGACGACGGCACAAAAUACAUGUACAAGUUCCAGUCAUCGGUCGGAUCUUACGAGGACAAGAUCGCCACCCUUUCCGACGCUGACUCGGUAUGGACCACUAGAAUGCAGGCUUUCAAGGGCGAGGGUGCUGCCAGUCUCAAUGACAUGAAAGAUAUGCUUGCAAAUUUGCCUCAAUAUCAAGAGCAGAGAGAAAAGUUCUCAUUGCAUCUGAACAUGGCGCAGGAUUGUAUGAACCUGUUUGAGAAGCACAAACUACCGCUGGUGGCCAACGUUGAGCAGUGUUGUGCUACUGGACUCACCGCAGAGGGGAAGACACCGAAGACUCUUGUUGAGGAAAUGGUGCCCUUGUUGGAUAGCCAGGAGGUCAUAAAUGCCAACAAAGUGCGCAUGGUCGCGCUUUACAUCCAACACCGUGAUGGUGUUCCAGACGAGGAUCGCCGACGAUUGUAUCAGCAUGCACGGCUGAGCAUGACUGAUCAGGACGCCGUCAAUUCGUUGGUUCAUCUCGGUGUUCGCAUAAGCAGAGGACCUUCAGACAAGGAUACGAAGAAGAAACUCAAGCAAAAGACAUCCAGUGACGAUGAGUACGAGCUCUCACGGUACCGACCUCUGCUUCGGACAGUCAUAGAAGAACAUUGCACCAACAAAUUAGACCCCACGCUCUUCCCCUACGUCAAAGAUUCCCCAAUAGUUUUGUCGCCAGCUGCAAGUCUCAAACAGACAACACCCCAAACCACGUCCCUACGCAGUGCGAAGCCCAGCUGGCACAAGGCUGUUCGGCCGAAUGCUCUUGCGGAGAGCAAGCAACGUGUUAUUGUGUUUGUGGUUGGCGGGAUGACAUACUCGGAGAUUCGAGAGACAUACUCGUUGUCGACGUUGCUAAACAAGGAUAUCUACAUAGGCUCAACACACGCUAUCACGCCCCGUAACUUCAUCGAUGAUCUGAAAGUCCUUGAGAUUGCGGGCGUCGGCUCACGCGCUGUGCCAAAUGGUGUUUCGUUGGCAACAGCACAUAACACAUACCAAGAGUAUUAUGAUGAGAAGUACUUCACACCAGACCCUCCUGUACCUCAACGACCCACACUGUCAGUGCCGAAGGACUCGAAACAUUCCGCCAACAAGCUUACGAAGACACCCUCGUCUUACUCAACAUCAUCGGCGUCGCUGGUCGGCUCGGGCACGGUGGAAAAGGAAGAAAAGAAGAAAAAGAAGGGGCUUUUCCGUUUCUGA